AUGCCGGUCGUGGCGCACCAGGGGCCCGUGCACCGCCCCCCCCCCCCCCUUUUCCCGUCGCCUUACGUGGCGACCCGGGGGGGGGGGGGGCGCGGCGACCUGGGGGGGCGCGCGUCGACCCUUCUUCCGCCUGCUCUGGCGCCCUGGGAGGCCGCGCGUCGGCCCCCCCAGUGGGGGGAGGGGAUCUGCCAUCCCCCUGGUGCGGAUGCGGCAGUGGGGGGAGGGGACAUGCAGCACCAGCCCCCCCCCCCCCCCCCCCCCCCCCUCCUCUCCACCCUUUUCUCCUCUCCCUCCCCCUGCUGCGGGUGCAGCAGUGGGGGGGAGGGGAUCUGCCACCCCCCUGGUGCGGAUGCGGCAGUGGGGGGAGGGGACCCCCCCCCCCCCCAUCUCUCUGCUGCGGGUGCAGCAGUGGGGGAGGGUAUGGGGGUGGCGGGUGUGGCCAACCCGCCAGCCCUGCUGCGCCCCGCGCACCCUGCUGCCCUGUGCGCCCCGUGCGCCCUGCUGCCCUGCUGCCCUGUGCGCCCCGCGCGCCCUGCAGCCCUGUGCGCCCCGCGCGCCCUGCUGCCCUGCUGCCCUGUGCGCCCCGUGCGCCCUGCUGCCCUCUGCACGCGCCAUGCACAGCACCCCCCCCUUCUCCUCCAUCACCUGCUGCAAGUGCAGCAGUGGGGGAGGUAG